AAAGAGAUUUUUACCCAAAUCUGCGGAGCAAGUUUUGUUUUGUUUGGUGUUGUGUUGCACUGUCACUGUUACAGUUGUUGGUGUAAAGGAACAGCGGUGGGUGAGUGAGAGAGGGAGGAAACAUGGCUACGGCGUCGGCGUCGGCGUCGUGGGAGGAACUGACGCUGAAAGUGAAAUGGAGCGGCAACGAAUACACCGUCCGCGUCUGCUGCGACGACACCGUGGGCGAACUCAAACGUCGAAUCUGCGAGCUAACCAACGUCUUACCCCUUCGCCAGAAGCUCUUGUACCCUAAACUCGCUUCCAAACUCAGCGACGACUCUCUCUUCCUCUCCCAGCUUCCCCUCAACUCCUCUCUCAAGAUGACCAUGAUCGGUACUACUGAAGAGGACUUGCUCGUGGAUCCCGUGGAGUCCCCUGAGAUCCUCGACGAUUUGGAGCUUCCCAAGGAUGAGGCUGUUGACAUCAAAGAUAUGGAAGUCAACAAGCAGAAAUUGAAUAGACGCAUUCAUCAAUUCAAUAUUGAGCUUCAAAAUCCGUGUCGCCAAGGGAAGAAAUUGCUUGUUCUGGAUAUUGAUUACACUCUCUUCGAUCACCGCUCCACUGCUGAGAACCCUCUUCAACUCAUGAGACCCUACCUUCACGAGUUUCUUACUUCUGUUUAUUCGGAGUAUGACAUUAUGAUAUGGUCUGCAACCAGCAUGAAGUGGAUUAAAGUCAAGAUGGAACAACUUGGGGUGUUGGGCAAUCCUAACUACAAAAUCACCGCACUUCUUGACCACAUGGCAAUGAUCACGGUUCAGACUUCUUCUCGUGGGGUCUUUGAUUGCAAGCCUCUUGGUUUGAUCUGGGCUAAGUUCCCUGAGUUCUACAAUGCUUCAAAUACUAUCAUGUUUGAUGACCUUAGAAGAAAUUUUGUAAUGAACCCACAGAAUGGUUUGACAAUUAAACCAUUCAGGAAGGCUCAUGCCAACCGAGAUAGUGAUCAAGAGCUUGUGAAACUUACCCAGUACUUACUAGCCAUUGCAGAGCUUGAUGACUUGAGCAACCUUGAUCAUAAUAAUUGGGAGUUAUUCACAGAGGACAAUGCUAAAAGACGUAGGCACAGAUAAAUGAUAAUUGAAUGCAAUAACUGGAAUCUGAAAGGAACGGAUUUCUUGUAGCAGCUGUUUGGAGUAUCUAAGAUGAUUAAUAUUGCCUAUGCAAUUUCUAUCCCAGCAAUUCCUGAACAGAAUUUGAUUUGAUGCAUGAAAAAAAUUCUAUCCUUUCAUAAUUUGUUGGGAAAGGGUAUAAAGCAUGCAUGAAUUGCAAAAUGUGAAUGAUUAGUUGUGUGACACCUACGGCUGCAACUAUUCUCCAAAGUGAUCAAUUGAUUCUAAUUAUAGACAAUGUAUUACAUGGAAGUUCAAUCUCCUUGUGUUUUUCGGCCUAUCAUGUAAUGUAACUUAUCGUUGUUCUUGGAUUUUAUGCUUCAUGAUUUAUAGUCUUUUUUUAGUGA